CGGGCGGAGGCAUCGGGUCACUUUUGGAAGGCAGCCAGAAUUACUAUUUGGGAAGCAAGAGCUGCAACAGCCUCCGCGAUUAAAAGCUCUGCGCCUUCUCAAGUUCUGUAUAUAGUCUAGCAUCGGGUAAAUCGCGCAGCCUUCAUAUUAUUGUUCAUAGAAAAAACUUUAUUUCCAAAGUUUCAAAAUGCCCGGUAGCCCAGUGACUGGGUUGCUGGUUGCACUCUGCAUCGGCACCGCUGUCCAUUGUAUGCCGAAGAACACGGGUAAAAACAGACGACAAGCUCAGGAACGAGUUUACCCCAGCGUCGACGACGCAACAUCCUUCUCUUCGUUAGUCUCAUCAGUUUCUCAAGACGGCUGCAACGAGAAUGGUCGGUAUUAUAACGUUAACGACCAAUGGGAGCGGCCCUAUCUGGGCAGUACAUUGCUCUGCACUUGUCAUGGAGUAGCAGGAAUUAAAUGUAAAACCAAACCUGAAGCUGAGGAGACUUGCUAUGAUAAGAUCAAUGCACGGUCAUAUCGGGUGGGAGAGACAUAUGAGCGGCCAAAGGACGGGAUGAUCUGGGACUGCACGUGUAUCGGCUCCGGCCGGGGGAAAAUCAGCUGUACCAUUGCAAACCGCUGUCACGAGGGUGGCCAGUCCUACAAGAUCGGGGAUACCUGGAGACGGCCUCACGACACCGGAAACUAUAUGCUGGAGUGCGUCUGCCUGGGAAAUGGCAAAGGGGAGUGGACCUGCAAGCCUGUUGCGGAGCGUUGCUAUGACAACGCGGCGGGCGCUUCUUACGUUGUGGGCGAGACCUGGGAGAAGCCGUACCAGGGAUGGAUGAUGGUGGACUGCACCUGCCUGGGAGAGGGCAGUGGCCGCAUCACCUGCACCUCCAGAAACCGCUGCAACGACCAGGACACACAGACCUCGUACCGCAUCGGGGACACUUGGACCAAGCAGGACGCCCGGGGCCACGUGCUGCAGUGUCUGUGCACAGGGAACGGCCGCGGGGAGUGGAAGUGUGAGAGGCACGCGUCCCUGCACACCAGCCUGGGCACCGGCUCUCGUGUGGUGACCAACGUCCAGCCAGCUGUCUACCAGCCCCUGCCCCACCCAGAGCCCCCCGUGGAGGGCACCUGUGUGACCGACUCGGGUGUGUCCUACUUCCUGGGCAUGCGCUGGAUCAAAACCCAGGGCAGCAAGCAGAUGCUGUGUACCUGCCUGGGCAACGGAGUGAGCUGCGAGGAGUGGGAAGGCCACUCUCAGGUGUACGGGGGCAACUCGAAUGGACAGCCCUGCGUCUUCCCCUUCGUGUUCAUGGGAAAGACCUACUACUCCUGCACCUCCGACGGGCGCAACGACGGACAGCUGUGGUGCAGCACCUCCUCCGACUACGAGACCGACCUCCAGUACUCCUUCUGCACGGAGAAGAACGUGCUGGUGACAACCAGAGGGGGCAACUCUAACGGUGCCCUGUGCCAGUUCCCCUUCAUAUACAACGGCCGCAACUACACCGACUGCACCGCCGACGGCCGCCGCGACGGCAUGAAGUGGUGCGGCACCACCACCGACUACGACGGGGAGCAGAAGUUCGGGUUCUGCCCCAUGGCCGCUCACGAGGAGGUGUGCACGACCAGCGAGGGGGUGAUGUACCGCGUGGGCGACCAGUGGGACAAGCGCCACGACGUGCUGGGUCACAUGAUGCGCUGCACGUGCGUGGGGAACGGGCGUGGCGAGUGGAGCUGCAUCGCCUACUCCCAGCUCAAAGACCAGUGCAUUGUGGACGGGCUGACCUAUGAGGUGAACCAGACCUUCACCAAGCGCCACGACGAGGGCUACAUGAUGAACUGCACCUGCUUCGGACAGGGCCGCGGCCGCUGGAAGUGCGACGCCAUUGACCAAUGCCAGGAGCCCGAGACCAGGCUUUUCUACCAGAUCGGGGAGUCGUGGGACAAACAGAUCCACGGCAUCCGAUACAGGUGCCAUUGCUACGGCAACGGCAUCGGAGAGCUGAGCUGCGAACCCCAGCAGACUGGACCUGGUGGUUCUCGCCCCGUCCAGGUGAUCAUCACAGAGACCGGUAACCAGCCCAACUCCCACCCCAUCCAGUGGAACGCCCCACCAUCCGCCCACAUCACCCAGUACAUCCUCAAGUGGAGACCGAAAAGCACACGCAUCCCGUGGAAGCAGGUGACUAUUCCAGGCCACCUGAACUCCUACACCAUUGCUGGACUGAAGCCAGGUAUCACAUACGAGGGUCAGCUGAUCAGCAUCCUGAGAUACGGCAGGCAGGAGGUCACACGCUUCGACUUCACCACCACAUACGGCUCCCUGGCGACCUCCGAGGGCGAGACCACCCAGCCACCCCCCGUGGUGGACAUCUCCGAGUCCGUGACGGAGAUCACCUCCAGCAGCUUUGUGAUCUCCUGGGUAUCUGCCUCAGACACCGUGUCGGGAUUCAGGGUGGAGUACGAGCUGAGCGAAGAUGGAGCGAAACCUGUGGUCCUGGACCUGCCCCGCACUGCUACAUCCGUGAACAUUAACGAGCUCCUGCCUGGUCGCAAGUACACCGUGAACGUGUAUGAAGUGACACCAGAGGGCAAACCCAACCUGAUCCUGACCACCUCCCAGACCACCGCCCCUGACGCCCCAACUGAACACACAGUGGACGAAGUGGGAGAGACCUCCAUCAUGAUCAGAUGGUCCAAGCCCCUGGCUCCCAUCACAGGGUACCGUGUGGUCUACACCCCCUCCAUCGAGGGCAGUAGUACAGAGCUCACCCUCCCCGACACCGCCACCUCUGUGACCCUGAGUGACCUGCGACCUGGCCUGCUCUACAACAUCAGCAUCUACGCCGUGGAGGAGAACUUGGAGAGUGAGCCUGUUUUCGUCCAGGUCAACACUGCAGGAGAACCCUUGCCAGAGGAGGUCCCGUCCCCGACAGACCUGCAGUUCUACGAGGUGUCCGACGUGAAGAUCACCAUCAUUUGGACGCCACCCCCGAGCGAGGUGACGGGGUACCGUGUCACGAUCUUCCCCAUCAGCCCCCGCGGCACCCCGCAGGGAGAGACGGAGCUGCCCGUCACCCGAAACGCGUACGCUGAGGUGACCCCCCUGCAGCCCGGGACUCUGUACCGCUUCUACAUCUACGCCAUCAACAGAGGCGUGGAGAGCCAGCCCCUGGUGGGCGAGCAGGCCACCAAGCCGGACGCCCCCACCGACCUCCGCUUUGCCAACAUAACUGAAGACAGUGCCCUGGUCAUCUGGGGGGUCCCCAGGGCCAGAAUCACGGGGUACCGCCUCUUCCUGACCAUGGAGGGCUCCAACCCCAAGCAGCUGAAGAUCCCGCCACGCCUGUCUCAGUACACUCUGCUGAACCUGCGUCCCGACACCGAAUACACCGUCACCCUGCACUCUGAGAGCAACAACGUGGUCAGUGAGGGAGUCAGCGGCAUCUUCACCACCUCCCAGCCCAUGGGGAACGCCCCACGCUUCACCACUGAUGUCACAGACACCUCCAUCAUCAUCUCCUGGACCCCGGUGCCAAGGAUUGGCUAUAAGCUGACUGUGAGGCCCAGUCAGGGCGGGGAGGCACCCAGGGACGUCACCUCCGAAUCGGGCAGCAUCUACAUCUCAGGCCUGACCCCUGGGGUGGAGUACACCUACAGUGUCCAGCCAGUCAUCAACGGCCGCGAGCAUGGCACCCCCGUUACACGCCGCGUUGUCACACCUCUGUCUCCGCCCACUGACCUCAAUGUGGAGUCCAGCCCAGACACUGGAGAGCUGACUGUUCAGUGGGGUGAUGCCAAGACACCUGACAUCACAGGUUACAGGGUGACUUGCACUCCAACCAAGGGUCAGCAUGGGAACUCUGUGGAGGAGUUUGUGAAGGCCGGGCAGAACUCCUGCACCUUGGAGAACCUGAGUCCCGGGGUGGAGUACAACGUCAGCGUCUUCACCGUCAAGGACGACAUGGAGAGCGUGCCCAUCUCCACCACUGUCACCCAAGACGUGCCCCAGCUUACUGACCUCAGCUUUGUCGAUGUCACCGACACGACAAUCGGCCUGAGUUGGAGCCCGCUUAACUAUACGGCCGUCACCGGCUACCGCAUCACGGUAGUGGCGGCUGGGGAGAGUGUCCCCAUUUUCGAGGACAUGGUGGAGCCCACCACAGGGUAUUACACUGUGUACGGACUGGAGCCCGGCAUCGACUAUGACAUCAGCGUCAUCACCGUCACUGAUGGCGGAGAGAGCGAGCCCACAACCCUCACGCAGCAGACCGCUGUUCCCGCCCCCACUGAUCUGCAGUUUGAAGAGGUGGGCCCCGACUCCAUGCUGGUGACCUGGACCCCCCCAACUGUCUCCAAACCCAGUGACAUCUCCCGCUUCAUCGUCCGCUACCACCCCAUCAACAACGACGACGACAUCACCGAACGCAACGUGGGCGGGAGCACCAACAGCAUCGCUCUGCGUGAUCUGCUGCCGAACACCGAGUACGUGGUAAGCGUGGUGGUUGUGUACGAAGAGCGUGAGAGUACACCUGUCACUGGCACUCAGAAGACAGCUCUGGACUCCCCCACGGGCCUGGACUUCUCUGAGGUGUUCACCAACUCCUUCACUGUCCACUGGGUCGCCCCGCGCGCAGUCAUCACUGGCUACCGGAUCCGCUACCAGAUGGCCAGCGGGGGCCGCACCAAGGACGAGAGGCUGCCCCCGUCCCGGAACCACUUCACCCUGACGGGCCUGGCCCCAGAGACCGAGUACAUCAUCCACGUAUAUGCAGUCAGCGGCUCCGAGGAGAGUCUGCCCCUCACCGGCCGUCAGUCUACCAUUUCUGAUGCUCCCACUGACCUGGUGGUGACCUCCUCCACUCCUACCAGCAUCACCAUCCGCUGGGAUGCUCCCUCUGUCUCUGUCAGGUACUACAGGAUCACCCAUGGAGAGACAGGAGGCCAUAGCGCCCCCAAGGAGUUUACCGUCCCAGGCUCUCAGUCUACCGCUACCAUCCACAACCUGAGGCCCGGUACCGACUACACCAUCACCGUGUUUGCAGUGACAGGGAGAGGGGACAGUCCUGCUUCCAGCACCCCAAUCUACGUCACCCACAAGACAGAUAUUGAGGCUCCCCCAGAGAUGGAGGUGACCGAUGUGAAGGACAACACGAUCACAGUGCGCUGGACCCCUGCUCAGGGACCUAUCACUGGAUACAGGGUCACUGGUACCCCCAAAAAUGGCCAAGGACCCACAUUCUCUGAAGUUGUUGCCCCAGAUCAGACGGAGAUAACCUUCUCGGGCCUGAUGCCCACGGCAGAGUACUUGCUGAGUGUGUAUGCCUUGGGCCAGGAUGGGGAGAGCCCACCCCUCGUGGAGACCGCAGUCACCACUGUGGACCGGCCCAAAGACCUGGUCUUCUCCGAGGUGGACUCCACCUCCAUGAGGAUCUCCUGGGAGAGCCCGGACGGGUCGGUGACCUCGUACAGGGUCCUGUACUCCAGCCCGGAGGAGGGUGAACGUGAGCUCUACCCCUCGCCCCAUGGAGAUGAGGAGACCGCAGUCCUCCAGGGCCUGCGUCCCGGGACAGAGUACACCGUCAGGGUCAUCGCCCUGCACGACCGCACCCCGAGCCCACCCCUGGAAGGGACACAGGCUACAGCUAUCCCCACUCCCACCAACUUGGAGUUCUCUCAGGUCGGUCCUUCCACCAUCACUAUAACCUGGGACGCCCCUGAUGCCCAGCUCACCGGCUACCGCGUGGUCAUCAACCCCAAGAACAAGAGCGGGCCCACCAAAGAGCUCAACCUGGCCCCCGACACCACCCAGGUCGUCGUACCCUCACUCAUGGUUGCCACCACAUACGAGGUGCAUGUCUAUGCCCUGAAGGACACUCUCACCAGCCGUCCUGUUCAGGGAGAGGUCACCACCCUGGACACCAUCAGCCCCCCUCGUCGCGUCCGCAUCUCGGACAUCAAGGGCAACAGCAUCACGCUCACCUGGCGUAGCAAGAUCGAAACCAUCACAGGCUUCCUCGUCGACGCCACGCCCACUGGCGGAAGCCACCCGGCCAUCCAGAGAACCAUCUCGCCAGAGCUGCGCUCCUACACAAUCACCGGUCUGCACCCAGGCACCACCUACACCAUCCACAUCUACACACUGAACGGAGAUGCCCGCAGUGCGCCCUUCACCCUCACUGCCACCACAGCUAAACCUGCGGUUGAGGCUCCCACCAACAUCCGCUUCACCUCUCUGACGCCCAACAGCAUCUCCUUCACCUGGGAUGCCCCCCGCACCCGCAUCACUGGCUACUUCAUCACCUACGAGGAGUCUGGAGGAGCCCCUCGAGAGCUGCUGCCCCGCCCCCAUGCUGGCAUGAACUACGCCACCAUCCCUGGUCUGAAGCCAGGCACCGAGUACAUCAUCAAGAUCAUUGCCCUACAGAACACACAAAGAAGCUCACCUCUGGUGGGCAAGGCUAGAACUCAACCCGAGCCGCAGGUGCUGGUCCCUCUGCUGCCCGCCCCCCACCGCCCCGGCCCCGACGUCCUGGACGUGCCCGAGGACGUGUCGGACUUCGACGAGAACCGCGUGCACCUCGUGGGCACCGGCGGCCAGGACACCCUGGGCCAGCAAGGCCAGCACAUCUACACAGAGUAUCAGAGCCUGGGCAACAACGGGCAGCGUGAGCCCCUGGCCCCCAGUGGCCGCGAGCCACUGGUGUACGUGCCCCUGCCGGGCCCCGACGGCGGGCGCAUCCCCGUGGUGCGGGUCAGUGAGGGGCCUCUGCCCGGCUCUCCCUUUGGUUUUCCAGAGAACGACACUGGACUCCCCCAGGAGGCCCAGACCCAGACCACCAUCUCCUGGCAGCCCCUGCAGCACACCUCCGAGUACCUGCUGUCCUGCCACCCUCUCACCCAGCUCAACGAGAAGAUGUUCCAGCUGCGUCUUCCAGGAACCUCCACCAGCGCCACCCUCAUCGGCCUGACCUCCGGGGCCUCCUACAACGUCAUCGUCGAGGCCCUGAAGGGGGCGCUCAAGCACAAGGUCCUUGAGGAGAUCAUCACCGUCGGCAACACAGUUCCUGCAGGUACACCCAACAAGGACGUCUGCUACGACACCUUCACUGCCACCUAUCAUGACGUGGGCGCCGAGUGGGAGCGCAUGUCCGAGACGGGCUUCAAGCUCUGGUGCAGGUGCCUGGGGCUCGGCAGCGGCCACUUCAGAUGCGAUUCAUCCAAGUGGUGCCAUGACAACGGCCACAACUACCGCAUCGGCGAGAAAUGGGACCGUCAGGCCGAGAACGGCCACAUGAUGAGCUGCACCUGCCUGGGCAACGGGAAGGGCGAGUUCAAGUGCGAGCCACAUGAGUCCACCUGCUAUGACAAUGGGAAGAUGUACCAGGUGGGCAACCAGUGGCAGAAGGAGUACCUGGGAGCCAUUUGCACCUGCACUUGCUAUGGUGGACAGCAGGGCUGGCGCUGCGAGAACUGUCGUCGGCCGGGCGGAGACGUGGAUGUGGACCUUCUGCAGCCGGUGCGCACGGAUGUGUUCGACCGCUACAGGGACAACACUCUGCGCAAAGUGAACAUUCAGUGUCCCAUUGAGUGCCUAAGGCCAGAGCUGCUUGCAGAUGCACAGAACCCUAGGGAUUGAGCGGGAUGCUUCCCUGGCCCCCCCAGCUCCGUCCCACACCAGUGAUACCAAGGAGGGCUCUCACCCAAGACUGUACUAACACCUCUGUGCCUUAUUCUUAGUCCCAUUGAUAAUCUGAUCACAGUCCUGCUGCUUCCUCCACCUCACGCCUUCCUGCAGAAUCACCUCUCAAAAGACUUCUGCGCCAAAGAGGUCUUUCACCCUAGUGUUUGGUUUGAUUGGCGCCCUCGUCUUCCUGCCCUUUCAGACACUUUAAAGAAAAAGAAAGCAUUCCCUAUAGUGUUCCUGAAAGCCACCCAGUGAUCUUAACGGCCAUUUGUACCAAUAGCCCCUGGGGUGUAGAGUUUGACUCGGAGAAUGGGAGUUCACACCUCAGGGAGAUAUCGCCACAUUAAUGGUGGAAAUCUCCCAUGUCACGUUUGAGUCGCUGGGGCUACCGAGUGGUCAGUCCCUGUUCUGAUUGGUUUAAUCGCAGAUCCGGGCAGGGCAGCAAAUGUCCAAGGCCUGAAUUAGGCCUCUGUGCCUUGCAGUAUUUUGAUGCAAUGUUGCAUAAUGUGUUCAAUGUUAUUUUUUAUUUCCUUCUAUUUUUGUACUUCGAUUUAAAAAAAAAAAGUCCGAAAUCAAGCACUGUUUUAGCAAAUGCAAGCUGUCGAACCAUGUGUGCGCACAGUUUGCGGUUUCCAGUCCUGAGUUGUGUAUUAGUUGUUCUCUUUUGUGGCCUCUGGUCUUCAGACAGAGCCAGCACUGUUUGUGACACUCACUGAUCUCGACUGAUUUGUUGUAGUUUUCACUCUUUUUUUUUAUUUUAAAUUUGGUUUUAUUUAUCCCUCUUUUCCAAACAUUUUGUGUGAAUGCAAAUUUUUGAGGUGUAAACUUUUUUUAUUUUUAUAUUGUAGGUGCCAAAGUCUUUACUA